CAUUCGCACAGCGUUCGUUAUUCUGGCCGAAUUAACUCAUUUCGUAUACUAAAUAAUGGAUUCCGAAAUUGAUACAACGACUGCUGCGACGAGUAAAGAAGGAGAAACGUUUUUACAGAAAUUAUCUUCGUUUAAAGAAGAGUAUUUAAAACUGAAAAAUUUCUGCGUCGAGUUGCUGGAAGAAAAUAAAACUGUACGAAACCGAGUUCAAAUAUUGGAAAAUAAAUUACAAUCCGAGAAUGAAAACAAUCAAAUUGAUACGAUUAUAAACAAGCAACAAACGAUAAUUGAGUUUCUCAAGAAUAAAGAUGAUUACAAAGAACUGCGACGGAAAGUGGAAAUUUUGGAAAAUAAAAUCAAAACGGAUAAAAGUUUACACGAACGAGAAAUGCAGAAUAUGUUAGAAAAGAAUACCGAUCAAAUGAACGAAAUACGUAAACUGAACGAGAAUAAUGAUACGAAUAAAGAAAAACUGGAACAAAUGCAGAAAAAAUACGACGAAUUGAAUCGUAAAAAUGAAGAAUUGAGCAUUGCUUUGGAAUCGAUGGAUGCCGAAAGUGGCGAAAUUAUUGCUCGUUUGGAUAUGGAACAUAAGGAUCAGCGUUUCAGACUGCAGUCGGAAAAUCAACUGCUUUUAGAGAAAUUAAAGAAUCAAGAAGAGCUGUACAAACAAAAAAUACAAAAUUUGGAAGCCGAUAAUAAGAAUAAGUCGGAGUUUAUAAAUAAACUGAUACAAGACAAGAAUAAUCCGAAGCGAAGUGCGUAUCAAUCUCUGGAUGAAGCUUUUCGUCCAAAUAAAAUUGUGGCUAGAAGAAAAUUGACUAACAUUGAUCCGAAUCACGAUGAUAGGAUAUUCUCUCCGUGUGUUACCGAAGAUGGAAUUUUAGACGAUUAAUUUAGAAAUGAUUAUUGAUUACAUAAGUAGUAUUGAUUGUUUAUUUAUUUAUUGUGUUUUUGUUUUAUAUAUAAUAAUGUACAUUAUGUAUCUAUCUACAGUAUUACCUAUGUAUUUUUGAUUUCAUAAAAAAGUUGUUUGUAUUUGUGAUUAUUAAUUAUUUUUGAUUUUUUGAUUUCAUAAAAAGUUGCUUGUAUCUGUGAAUUUUUGUAUUAAAAAAAUAUUGGUUAUUCUUCCAGUAAUUGAAUAA